UUCUCUUUCUACUUUCCACCCUCACCUUCUUCCUCUUCUUCUUCUUCUUCUAUUUGGUCCUAUCUCGAUCGGGAUUUCUUAUCGACUAGCUUUAAUCGUUUUACCAAGUAAGCCUAAAAAGCAACAUUUUUAGCUAACUCAUGCAAGAUAAAUAGAUAGAUAGAUCAUUUUCUUCUUACCUCAAGAAUAAUCCAUUAAAACUAUAUUAAGAUAAAAUCAUCGAUAGAAUCUACUUAAUCUCACAUUUAUUAUUAUUUGUUUAAUGAGGAUAAUAUUAGGUAAAAAAAAAAAGAUUUUUCUUGACGUAUGGUAAAGAGCCAAGGAUCAAUUUAUUUACUUAGUGUGCAGCAUCCACUUGGUAAACCAGAGACUAGACAACUUGCAUGCGGUAUUACGAGGACCAAUCAGGAUUCGAGCCCUACGACGCAGGACUUGUUUAUACAUCGUGACUAAAUAUUUCAACAAGAUCUACGUUCAAUAAACUAAAUCUACAGUUCUGACUCUGUUUUAUAUUCAACAAUUAUCAAUGUUGAAAACUUCAAUAAAUCAUCAACUUUGUUCUGAAAGACAAACAGAAAAAUUCAUUUAUGGAGGGUCAACAUAUUAAUUACUGUUAUGACUAGAAUCAUAUUUAUACUCAUUCAUAUCAUAUCGUUCAGAAAAGAUAUUCAAGUUACUAAAGUAUAUUUAGGGAAACUCAUCCUGAAAACAAAGGGAAAAUCAAUAAUACCCCAUGGGUUUACGCAUUGCGUCUACCAUAGACGCAAUCUCGCAACGUAUCUUGAACUAUUCUCAUAAAAUUAGUAUUCCAAUAAAUAAACUCUUCUAAUUCUCUUGGCUACUUUCAAUUUAAUUUCAAAGAUCGAAUUUUAAUCUUUGAUUUGUCGAAUGAUUUCUAAUAAAUCAACUUGAAUAAUUUAUUCUCUCACCUUGUUGCAUCGUUCGUAUUUUCUCUCUCUCUCUCUCUCUCUCUAUCUCUGUCUAUCUAUCUAUCGUUCUUACUUUUUCUUGUUCAUUGCAAUUGUGUAGAAGAUCAGAUGCAAAUGCGUGCAGUUCGUGCCACGCUACACCUGCCGCGUAUUCUGGACGAGCUCUACUGUGUGCCUCUUCGUACGACCUUGACAUGCUUGACUGAGAACUACAGAAGUCUCCGACCGUUGGGUACCAAAUCGUAACUUGGCACACACCCGAGAGUAUAGUAAUAGAAAGCAUAACUAAUUCUAAGUCAACGAAAUAACCAACCUACUCUUUUAUCAAUAAAACCAACCUAUUGAUUUUUGUUUUAAAACGAAUUAUUUAGAAAUAUAUAGCUAAAUUAUACAGUAACCUGUCCAGUCAUUAAAAUAAUAACAAGAAAGUAAUUGAAGCGAGAAUUUCAAUAAUUUGUCGGUCUGGUAAUUAAGCUAAAGAAAAAAAAAAGCAAAUGAGUUCAUAAAAAAUGAAAAUCUUCUAAGCUAAGAUCAUUAAAGGGUUAAUGGAAUUCCGCAUAACAUGGCCCAAUUAAAUCUGUUUACCAUUCGGAACAGUGGUUAAACUUUCACGAUGUAAAUUUAUUGUAAUGUGCCACAACUCCUCUCGUCUAAUGAGUCAGAAAUAUUCCUCGCGUCUCAUUAAAUGCGUUCUCAGAAUCAUUCCGAAAGAUUAGCGAAAGAUAUCUCCAUCGGAUACGAUCGGAUAUAUCGAAGAAUAAACCAAUAGCAUCUUUCCUUUACUUGGGAGUCAAUUUAUGCGCGUAGCGUAUCUGGGACGAGUGACCUGAUUAGAACACAUUAUCAUUGAUGCACUUCUUCUUUUUCUUCUUCUUCUUCUUCUUCUUCUUCUCCUUCUUAUUCUUUUACAAACACUUGUGAACUCCAGCAGCACGGAAGUUACUCUCCUUUAAAGUUCUAACCAAGGAAUUGUUUGAACAUGUAAAUUCAAUUCCUCUCGAAAAUCCAUCGAAGAAAAGUUUGACCUAUGCAAAAAACCUGAUCUGGACUUGGCUUGGCAUGGCUGGUGGUACGCGUUUAGGAUUAUCAAUCGAUCCUUUUGACCCCAGCCGAUGAACGAAGGCCACCGCAUUGGCGAAACACUUUUCAAAUGAAGUCUCUCAUCCCAACUCUCGAAAAGGGCUGAAAAUUUCAAAUUAUUUUUAUCAUUUCAACAAAUUAACAAUCACGAUUAUCAUGAACAUCACUCGUAGAUGUGAGGAUUGUUCAUUUAAUUGUAAAAAAAAAGUGCCAUAUGCAAGUUCUUCUUCAUACGGAAACCUAUAAAUCACAGUAGGAAAGACAAACGAGAUUAAUCACGUUCGGAAUGCUACUCGUGAUUGCCAUUUAGUAUCUUGAUGUAACAUGAAAUUCGAUAAACUUCCAUUCCCAAUUCCCUCCUUCUCUUUUUCUCUGUCUCUCCCAGCUCUACCGUCUGUUCCUCCUACACAUCUAUCGGUCAUUUUUCACGAAAUCAAUCGUAUUACAGUCUCGUAAUUGCUUCCCCGAUGGAAACUGUAUUUACGACUUUACCGAUCCUAAUAACAUUAAACCUUUAACGUCGAUUAUAAAUUAUCCUGAAAGGAAUAUCGAUAAAAAAAAUUUUCUUCUAUCGAUCUUAGGAUCAUCGAUGGGAGAUAGCAAAAGAAUAAAGUCUUUGAGUGGCCGUCGUGUAACGAAUCGACGUCCAUUAUUUUCAAUAUGGCAAGUUAAAAGAAUAAGUUGGUAGUAACUUCAUAUACCUGUCUAUCUACCUGUAUAUAUAAAUUACUAUUUUCUCAGUUAGGUUUUAAUACAUACAAGGCUUCCCUCUUGAGCACCCUCGAGUUAACAAAAAGAAGAAAGAAAGAAAGAAAGAAAGAAAUUCAUUAUCUAGCAAGGAUGAAAAUGAAUUCUGUUGAUAAUAAUUCUCGAAGCGGAAGAUGGUAGUAGGGAAUAGUCAGGUGUUUACAGUGAUCAUCAGGAUACACGCGGUAGGUGUGAUGUAAAGAGGUGUAGGUAGAGACAAGGGUGGGUUCUUGAAUGUAUAGGGCAAGUAAAGUCGGUUGUUUGCAAUAGUGGUGGUGGUAGUUGAGUUGGGUUGAAGAAGAGGGUGGUUAGCAUGAGUGCGGGUGCGCGACUGCAUGCGCCGCUGCAGCAACGCCAUAGUACCGGCACCCACCGUCCUUCUACGCCUGGGCGCCACAGUCUCUCUCUCCGCAUGUCCGGAGCCGGCUGAAUCCGACGUUCCUUAUUAUCGCCGUAGGUCCACCUAUCGUCUACGUUACUCGUGCAAAAUGGUGCUUGCGGAUGCAACGCUGACGGAUAACCAUCACCGUCAGCGAGGAUUCGCAGCUAAUGGCAACAACCCGGAAGGCAUCACGAUAUGUAAUCUGAUAGACGGAGAGACUCUGACCUACAGUUUAGCCCUUAUACGUGGCCGAGCACCCUUAGCGUGCAACUAUAUUACCGUACGAGCUCAAAAAAAUGUGAUAUCGGAAUGGCCAGUCAUUGGUGGGGAAUUUCGCGUGUUAGUUGAUCUUCCGCGUGGAUCAAACAAAUUGGAACUUGAAGCAGGAGGACACAAAAAACGAUUGACGCUAUUGCAUGAGCCAAGAACGACUAGGCUACGAGUGACACCGGUAUACGUGGUAUGCGCGGGACACGAUGGUUACUUUCAAGGCCCACGUAGAGAGGAUAGAUCACCGGAAAGCGCGGCAACCAGAAUAGGUUUGGGUGCUAGAUUACUACAGACACUAACAGCUGAGAAAUUGCGAGAAGCUGGACACGGAAGAAAGACCUUUCAAUUGGAACGUGAUUUGGAUGGUCCGGAAUGCUUGGUGAUGCACAGUAUGCUUCAUGUGGACAGAGCACGAGCUAUGUCGCAACGAGAAUUAUGGGAGCUGAUAGCACGCGAACUGAUGACCGGUCCAUUAGCAUCGAAGGACCGGAAAUACCUAGCUUUCUUAUCCUGCACGAGGUAUCGCGGUGCACCGAGUCCCCGUACUCACGAAGAUACUUUAGCGAGAACGCAAGGUCAUGCUGCUUUGGGUGGUGGUGGUUUAGCACUUUUCGGUUCGGCUUGCUUGCAUACGUGGCCUACCUGCAUGGCCCAAGUAUUACCCCGAUUUUUAGACGCAACGGUAGUUGACACCGAGCAAUUAAUGGAUGACAGCAAUUAUCGUGGCACCCAUGGUGGUUGUCUGGCGACUACCCUUGGAUCUGUCUUACACGAGCUCGGUCACACGUUCGAUCUUGGACACACUAGGGAAGGUAUUAUGGGACGUGGUUUCGAUUACGUCGACAGGGUCUUCGUUGGUGCAGCUGGAAUCGAUUUUAAUCGGAAUCCCAUCAGGAGAGAUCCCCAACACACGACAGUUGCUCUUAGUAGACCUCUCAGCGUCACCGUCACUGUACAAGAACCGGUAUUGGCCAGUCCCCGAAGAGGUAGACUUUUAUCCGAAACGUCUAGGCCAUCUCCAUCUGCAAACACAAGACAAUUACCUGGUAGGCUAUCCGCUCCAGCCAGUCCUGAACUAAACAGAUCCUUUUCCAAAACCUUAAACGCAGCCGAACCACCCUCUCAACCGGACAGAACUUUUUGGGGGCCUUCUUGUGCUGCAUUGCUCGCAUAUCAUCGAUGGUUUAACACCGAAGUUGACAAUCAUUCCAACAGACGUCACAACGACAUCGAGUACGAUGGUAAAAGAAACGUCGCACGUUCACGUUACGGUAUACGAGUGAUCGAACUGAGAGAAACAUCCGGUGGUAUGGUCGUUGGUUCUCGUCAAUUUCCUGGAAACCGACCACCCAUAGAAGCAUUGGUACCACCACCCCCUCCUCACUGCCUGGCAGCUUUAACUCUAAUCGCUGAGGAUUCCACGGGGAAUAUACUUAAACAUGAACUUCCAACUGCCUUCUGAAGGUCAUUGCAAUUUUCACGACCGAUCUAAUCACCUUUCCUUGCCUUACGAGCCAAAGAAGAUGAAAAAAAGUGAACAUUUCUUUGAAACUACUCAGGAUUCAUUUGAAAUUGCCGCUACAUUAUCACCGAUUGAUCGGUACCGCGACAAAAAAAGCUACUUCCUAGUAAAAAGCACAUUUUUCUCGCGGCAAUUAGACACCCUAUUAUUAUCCUAAUAAUAAUCUAAUACGUAUACAUUAAACACCUGUACUCUAGCUCUCUUUUUCUUACUCUCUCAGGUAACUUUUAGUUCUUUUUUAUAGCACAAGAGUCUUCGAUUCGUGUUAAAAGUAAAAUAUCGUAACUGCCAUCUCUCGUAAUCAUUUUCAUCGCUUUCCAAAUGAAUAUUAUUCUAUUCUCAUUGAAAUAAACAUACCUGGAAAUACAGGGUAUCAUGUAAUUAAUGAUAUAAACGAUCAAGGGAUUACAAGACACCCUGUAUAUCAUUCGUAUAUUAAAAUAAAUUGAAAAAAGAAAGCUGUUACCUAAUGGGAGGAGAAAGAAAUGCUCAAAAUAAUGAACACGUUUCAUGCCACGUGUACCACCGGUGGUACACUUACAAUUAGACAUAUUUAUUUAUUAUAAUUUGCUGAAAAAAUAUAU